CGUAGCAGCAGCAGUCUCUCAGCAAAUUUCAAAAUGAGUUCUUCAAGGGGUCUUCAGUCCAUUCGUCCGGUCUCCAGGACUUUCAACACACUUCCAGUUGCGUACGCUGGUGCGCAAGUUGCGUCGAGAAGGCAUGCAGGAACAAUUGCAAACUUCAAGAUUCCUACCAUUAACAACGAGCCUAACCAACACUACACCAAGGGCUCAGUAGACAGACAGAAGCUUCAAGAUGCUAUCGCAGCAUUGAAGAAGAAGGGUGCUGUCCAGGUCCCCCUCGCUAUUGGCGGCGAGCACAUCAACAACUCCUCGAUCCUCACCCAGCACGAUCCCUCUUCCCAUGCCGAUGUAGUCGCCAAGUACUCCAACGCCAGCACUGCGGAUGUCAAAAAGGCUAUCGAUUCAGCACUCGAGGCAAAGGCCGAAUGGGAGGCUCUUCCUUUCGCCGACCGCGCUUCGGUCUUCCUCAAGGCGGCCGACUUGGUGUCUGGAAAGUACCGAUACGAGAUCAUGGCAGCGACUAUGGUCGGCCAGGGCAAGAACGCAUGGCAAGCUGAGAUUGAUUCGGCAGCCGAGCUGUGCGAUUUCUUGAGGUUCAACGUCAAGUACGCCGAGGAUACAUAUGGCCACCAACCUACACACAACUCGCCCGGCGUUUGGAACCGUGUCGAGUACCGACCUCUGGAGGGAUUCGUGUACGCCGUGUCGCCCUUCAACUUCACAGCCAUCGGUGGCAACCUGCCAGCUGCACCGGCACUGAUGGGCAACGUUGUCGUCUGGAAGCCAUCUCCCUCCGCCAUUGCCUCAAAUUGGCUCCUGUACCAGAUCCUCAUUGAGGCUGGCCUUCCUCCGAACGUCAUCCAGUGGGUGCCUGGCGAUGCGGUCGAAGUCACCAAGGAGGUCCUCUCCCAUAGGCAGUUCGCUGCUCUCCACUACACAGGUAGCACAGCAGUUUUCCGUCAGCUAUACGGCACAAUCGCCAACGGUGUUGCCGAUGGCAAGUACCAGAGCUACCCUCGCAUUGUUGGCGAGACUGGAGGCAAGAACUUCCAUUUGGUUCACCCCAAUGUCGAUGUGACCAACGCCGCCAUCCAGACUGUCCGUGGUGCUUUCGAAUACCAGGGUCAGAAGUGCAGUGCUUGCUCGCGCCUGUACGUUCCCAAGUCUGUAUGGCCUGAGUUCCAGAAGAAGUUGGUCGCAGAGACGGAGGCUCUCAAGAUUGGCGAGCCCUCCCAGUUCGACAACUUCAUCGGCCCUGUUAUCCACGAAGCUAGUUUCAAAAAGCUUUCUGGUGUUAUCGACGAGGCUAAGAACGACAGCGAGCUUGAGCUCCUUGUUGGUGGCAAGUACGACAGCAGCAAGGGCUACUACAUCCACCCCACCAUCUACAAGACUACCAACCCCAACCACCCUCUCCUGUCCCGCGAGCUCUUUGGUCCAGUGCUCGUCGCUUACGUCUAUGACGAUGGUGCCUCCGAUGCCUUCGAGAAGAUCAUCAAGCAGAUCGACGAGACCUCUGAGUACGCUCUGACUGGAGCUGUUUUCGCCAAGGAGAGGAAGGACCUUAACUUCGCCGAGAACAAGCUGAGGAACGCCGCUGGUAACUUCUACCUCAACUGUAAGUGCACUGGAGCUGUUGUUGGCCAGCAGCCCUUCGGUGGCUCAAGGGCCAGUGGCACCAACGACAAGGCUGGUAGCGCUACCCUCCUGUCCCGCUUCGUCAACAUGAGGGCGAUCAAGGAGGAGUUUGUUGCUACCGAGAAGGUCCAGUACCCCAGCAACGAGGUGUAAGAUGCCCAAGGGCAGGGACCAUGUUGUGACUUGAUUUACGGCGCAUUUGGAGGAUUCAAGAUUAACUAGCAUUGUGUACGGCGCUUGGGAAAACUUGUAGGGCACCCACGGGUAACGAUAUCUACAAAAGCUUGAAUAAGAUACGUAUUUUGGAUAUGAGAAUGAAACGAUAGCAGCAAACCUUGCGAAACAACCUACAC